GUGGUCCUGUGCUUCCCGAGCUGCUUCUCAGGGAGGGCCGCCCCCGUGGCGGAAGGAACGCCUGUGUAACCAGGGAUUCCGGACAUCAGUGUUUCUACCUCCAGAUAAGGAUUCAUACCAGAGUCCUGAACCGGCCCCUGCAAUUCCUACCCCGGGGUAGAAAACACUUGGAGCUGUGAAACGAUGCAUUAGAACUGCGACUGCCUGGGCAAAUCGGGCCUAAACUAGGGAACUGCUGGUGCACUUGGGGGAAAAACACGUGUAAGAUGGGGGUAAUGCCCUCCCUGGCUCGCUGCCCUCAAUAGUGUGGGACGUUAGGGUGAAUCUGACGGUUAACAACCCAGGUUAUGGCGGCAAAUCCACAGGGGUCCAAAUCUUCACACUGCCACACUUUGAAAUAUUUUUAAGUUAUUGAUUUUAGAGAGAAACCACGAUUUGUUGAUGCAUUCAUUAGUGGAUUCCUGUAUGUGCCCUAACCCAGAUAGAACUGGCAACCUUAGCAAUCGCCAGGCGCUAACCAGUUGAGAACCCGGCCAGGGCUCUACACUCCCUGACUAUUGUGUAAUCUUGGGCAGAAGACCUAUUCACUCAACAAAUACUUGGCAGAGAGCCUGCUAGUCGCGGGCAUUAAGGCGCUGGGGGAGAGUGAACGAAACACACUGAGUCUUUGCCCUCGCGGCCUCAGUUUCCUGGUUUCCCAGGGCAGCGUGCGGUGAUGGCUGUGGGAUCCUCCCUGGCAACCCAGUUGCCUCAGCCCCUGACGCCCAAGUCACUAAACCGCAGCCAGCACGGGGCGCCAGCCGCCAUCGCAGGCUUUCAAGCUUCGCUUCCGGUUUCCUCGCCUCGCUUCCGGCCUCCGCCUUCCGCUUCCGGCCUCCGUGCCUCACUUCCGGCCUCCGUGCCGCGCUUCUGGCAGCUCACUCCUUCCUUCCGCUUCUCGAUGGUGCGCGGGCUGCAGUUCCCCCGGCCGGCCGCCUGAGGUCUCUACUGUUUCUUCCUGACCUCACCAAACAACCAUGUCAUCAGAGUCCAGCCAGGAGCGGAAGCGCAAAGUGAUUCCAAGUGAUGAGGCUCCAGCGGAAGGGAAGCGGAAGCGGAAGCGUUCUGACCCUGAGCAGGAAGGCAAAUACUACGGUGAGGAGGCUGAGGUGGACCUGCGGGACCCUGGGAGAGACUAUGAGCUGUACAAGUACACGUGCCAGGAGUUGCAGCGACUCAUGGCCGAGAUCCAGGACCUGAAGAGCCGGGGAGGCAAGGAUGCGGCAGUUGAGAUUGAAGAUCGCAGGAUCCAGAGCUGUGUACAUUUCAUGACUCUAAAGAAGCUUAACCGAUUAGCCCACAUCAGAUUGAAGAAAGGACGAGAUCAGACCCAUGAGGCCAAGCAGAAAGUAGACGCCUGUCACCUGCAGCUCCAGAACCUGUUGUAUGAGGUGAUGCACCUGCAGAAGGAGAUCACUAAAUGUCUGGAGUUCAAGUCAAAGCAUGAAGAAAUUGAUCUGGUCAGUGUAGAGGAGUUUUAUCAAGAGGCUCCUCCAGAUAUCAGCAAGGCUGAGAUCACCAUGGGAGACCCUCACCAGCAAACCCUUGCACGUCUGGACUGGGAGCUGGAGCAGCGGAAAAGGUUGGCGGAGAAGUACCGAGAGUCCCUCUCCAACAAGGAGAAGAUCCUUAAGGAGAUUGAAGUGAAGAAGGAAUACCUGAGCAGCCUCCAGCCUCGCCUGAACAGCAUCAUGCAGGCUUCCCUCCCGGUGCAAGAGUACCUGUUCAUGCCUUUUGACCAGGCUCACAAACAAUAUGAGACGGCCAGACACCUGCCACCUCCCCUCUAUGUCCUCUUUGUCCAGGCCACUGCGUAUGGGCAGGCCUGUGAUAAAACACUGUCUGUGGCGAUCGAAGGCAGUGUGGACGAAGCCAAGGCCCUGUUUAAACCUCACGAGGAAUCCCAAGAUGACGAGAGCGACUCGGAUGCCGAGGAGGAGCAGACCACGAAACGCCGGCGACCCACACUGGGAGUCCAGUUGGAUGACAAACGCAAGGAGAUGCUGAAGAGACACCCGCUGUCCGUCAUGCUGGACCUGAAGUGCAAAGAUGACAGUGUGCUUCACCUGACUUUCUACUAUCUCAUGAACCUCAACAUCAUGACAGUAAAAGCCAGAGUGACAACUGCCACGGAGCUGAUCACCCCCAUCAGUGCAGGUGACUUGCUGUCUCCUGACUCAGUCCUGAGCUGUUUGUAUCCUGGGGAUCAUGGAAAGAAAACGCCGAAUCCAGCCAAUCAGUACCAGUUUGAUAAAGUGGGCAUCCUGACUUUGAGAGACUACGUGCUUGAUUUAGGACACCCCUACUUGUGGGUACAGAAGCUGGGUGGCCUCCACUUCCCUAAAGAGCAGCCCCAGCCCACGGUGAUCGCUGACCACUCGCUGAGCUCCAGCCACAUGGAGACCACCAUGAAACUGCUAAAGACCAGAGUGCAGUCCCGCCUGGCCCUCCACAAACAGUUCGCGUCCCUGGAACAUGGCAUUGUACCAGUUACUAGCGAUUGCCACUACCUCUUCCCUGCAAAGGUUGUCUCUCGCCUGGUGAAGUGGGUGACGAUUGCCCAUGAGGAUUACGUGGAGCUGCAUUUCACCAAAGACAUUGUGGAGGCAGGACUGGCUGGGGACACCAAUCUCUACUACAUGGCACUCGUGGAAAGGGGCACAGCCAAACUCCAGGCAGCUGUGGUGCUGAACCCCGGCUACUCCUCCAUCCCACCCAUUUUCCAGCUCUGUCUGAACUGGAAAGGGGAGAAAACCAACAGCAAUGAUGACAAUAUUCGGGCCAUGGAGAGCGAGGUCAACGUGUGCUACAAGGAGCUGUGUGGGCCCCGGCCCGGCCAUCAGCUCUUGACCAACCAGCUGCAGCGCCUGUGCGUGCUACUGGACGUCUACCUGGAGACCGAGAUCCACGAUGACAGCAUGGAGGGGCCCAAGGAGUUUCCCCAGGAGAAGAUGUGUCUGCGGCUUUUCAGGGGUCCCAGCAGGAUGAAGCCGUUUAAAUAUAACCAUCCUCAAGGAUUCUUCAGCCAUCGCUGACCUGCUCGGCCUGUUGUUUCCCCUGGGCCCUCGGUGCUGUGCCUCCGCUUCCUCUUCUGUUCCACAUGUGGCUCCUGAUAGUCUCCAAAGUCAGGUUUUAUAUUUCUAGCCAAUUAAAGUGUCAUCUGACCAAGUG